UUUUGGCUGAGCAAGUGAGUACAUACGACCCCCGUCUGAGUACACGUAGCAAUGCUGCGUUUCCCAAAAACAAUGAAGGAGAGACGGCAACAUGUGAAGGAAGAGACUCAUCAGCUGAGACUGAAGUCAAACUUUCUAACCUACACACUAAAUGCUGUAAAUCUGUCACUGCGGGAUGAAAGAUGGUAGUGGCGGCAUCAUGCUGAGGUGAUGUUGGGCAUUGACACAUGACAUACAGUCUGUCUGAGUUUGAGCUGUUUUGCUAAUCAGAAUAGACAAACGUUUCAGUCUGAAGACACGGGGACACUGAAAAAGCUGUAACUGCAGCUAAAGGUGGUUCUGAAGAAAGGGUUAAGUAAUUUUUUUAUUUUAAUUCUCCACUUCAGAUGUUCUAUUACAUAAAAUCCCAAUAUCAUACUGUGACGUCUGUGGUUGUUAUGUGGGAAAAUUUAAUAAGAGCUUACUGAGAAUGGUAUUUUUUUUUUCUUUCUGUAUGGGAGCUUGCACGAUCUAACUUUGCCUCAUUGCCUCUCAGGGAUGUGGUUGAUUUAUUUCUUACACUAGUAACACGCUUGUGUACAUUAUGAAGGACUAAUAUGAGCUGUCAGAACUAAUAAUGCUCAUUUUUAACCGAAAGUAGACAGCAAACCUUUUCUUUGAUAUUUGCAGGGGUUUUUUUCUGCGUUUCAAUCUGUUACUUCUGCUUUUCUCUCCUUUUGCUUAACCUGGCUGGAUGGAAACACUCUGCUCUCUGACAAUCACAUUAGGAGCUUGAUGAGUUGGCUGAUGACCGGAUGGCUCUGGUCUCUGGGAUCAGUCUGGACCCAGAAGCUGCUAUCGGCGUCACAAAGAAGCUGCCUCCCAAAUGGAUAGAAGGGGUCGACGAGAUCCAGUACGACAUCACACGGAUCCAGCAGAAGAUGAGGGACCUGGCUUUGCUUCACGACAAGCACAUGAACCGUCCAACGCUGGAUGACAGCAGCGAGGAAGAGCACGCUAUAGAGAUCACUACCCAGGAGAUCACGCAGAUGUUCCACCGAUGCCAGCGAUCCGUGACGGGCCUGCAGUCUCGCCGGGGCCACUGCACCGAGCAGGAGGAGAGGCUCUUGGUGAACGUGGUGUCGUCCCUGGCACAGAGCCUGCAGGACCUGUCCACCAACUUCAGGCACACGCAGUCCAGCUAUUUAAAACGUAUGAAGAAUCGGGAGGAGAGAUCGAAGCACUUUUUUGAUUCAGGACCUUUAAUGGAAGAGGAUGAAGAGUUGGCUCUGUAUGACAAGGGGUUCACAGAUGAUCAGCUGAUGCUGGUGGAGCAGAACACGGUUCUGGUGGAGGAACGGGAGAGGGAGAUCCGACAAAUAGUGCAGUCCAUCUCGGAUCUGAAUGAGAUUUUCCGGGAUUUGGCGGGAAUGGUGGUGGAGCAGGGAACUGUUCUGGACAGAAUUGACUUCAAUGUGGAGCAGGCUUGUGUAAAAACAGAUGAUGGACUAAAACAGUUACAGAAGGCGGAGCAGUAUCAGAAGAAAAACAGGAAGAUGCUCGUCAUUUUGAUCCUUUUUGUCAUAGUCCUUGUUCUAAUUAUUAUUCUUUUUGGAACAAAGUUUAAGUGAAGCAUUCCUCCGGCUUUGUGUCCAUCUGUUUGGGUUUUUGUCGUGUGUCUGUUUGGACUUGGACUCUUCUGGAUUCGUCUUGAAGCCGUCAAGAAGAAUUCAACAUCCCUCCAAGUGCAUUUUCAGCGGUGUGGAGAUGCUUUCUGCCUGCUGUCCAAUGAAAGAAGCGAAUCUUCAGUCUGGUUAAACACGAAGACUCUGACAGAAGCCCCGUCCACGCUGACAUAUCUGUGUCUUAACGAAAGGAAAACCCCUUUAAUGUUGAAGUACUCAUGAUAAACUGCUAAAACGGAGCAUUUUCUGCUUAAAGUCGAAGCACAGGUGGUGAUGAAGAUCAGUGACUUCUGUCUAAUAUUCUGUAAUUUGGUUUCUGAUGGGGACAAGAGCUGGUAAAAAUCAAUGUAUUAGGUGUGAUUUCACUGCAAAUUCACUUUCAGCUCAGCGUUAUAUUUACAUCUCAGUAUUUGAUCUUUUAAAGAUGUAAAGAGGAUAAUAUUAGCAUUUGGGUUUAUUAGAGAAGCUGUUUAGUUCCAAAAAAAAAAAUCCUUUGGUUUAUUAACUACCUAUUUUUAUUUAAGUGGCUCUAAUUUUAACAACAUGGUUCUCUUGGAUCCAAUUCAAUGAUCUUUAGUCUUCUGUCACAUUCGCUAUAUUUUGAAUGAAGUGCUCAUUGUAAAAACACUUGUUUUUAUAUUCCAUGGUCCAUGCAUAAAGUGCUACCUUUUAAAACUCUUGCAGUUUGCACAUAUUGAGGGACUAAGAGGAGAGGAAAGUUAUGAUGUAAUACUACUGUUGCUUGUAUGAUAAAAAAAAAAAAGAAUUAUUUAUUUUCUGAUACCUUAAAAUAAUCCAGAGGUGUUUCCUGUAGAUUUACUGUACACUGAGUAGAGUAUGUUUAAAAUAAACCCACUCCACUGAAAACUGUGAUGUUGUCCAACGCAGGCAGUCGUUUGAACAUAUCCUCAUCAGUUUUAGGAGGAUUAUUAUUAUUAUUGUUGUUUCUAUUUCAGUUUGGACACAUUUCAUUCAAGUGUGUUUCAAAUUCUCUUCAUGUACUUUCUCAUUUUAAAGACUGAGAAGCUUAAAUGAUAGCUUUACUAUCUGUACUUAAACCUACACUUCAUACAACUGUCCAAUCAUCUGUGUCGUUGGUGUGGAGUUUUGUUCGUGACGGACAAAAUGGUCUUUGUGGUACUACAUGUAUGCUUUGGUUUUUGAAGUGAAACAGUGGAGGACAUGGCUGCUUUUUUUUUAAAGAAAAUAAAGCUGAAAUAUGA